ACUGCAGAGCAGAGGUGGGGGAAGAAAUGGAUGAAGACAAUGUAUCCAGCGGCGAUGAGCAUCCCCUGAGUGCGCAGACAGCCCUGCAGCAGUGCGAGAUGGUACAGGACAUGAUAGACAUCAGCAUCUCCAACCUGGAGGGGCUCCGGACCAAAUGUGCCACCUCCAACGAUCUGACACAGAAAGAAAUCAGGACACUAGAGAGCAAGUUGGUGAAGUAUUUCAGCCGCCAGCUGUCCUGCAAGAGGAAGGUGGCCCUGCAGGAGCGUAACGCAGAGCUCGAAGGCUUUCCACAACUUAUGCACUGGUUCAGGAUAGUCAACAUCCGCAAGGAAGUAAUGGAGGAGAUUGACCCAGGUCAGUUAACCUUGGAGGAGCUGAUGGAGAUGACCGAUAAGCAGGUGUGUGAGACACUGGAAAAGUUUGGUGCCAACAGCGAGGAAUGUGACCGGUUAAAUGCUUCCCUCUCUUGUCUGCGCAAUGUUUACAAAUCAGGAAGCAGUCUCUCUAAAGAAGAUUGGCCGAUUUCGUGGCCAGCCACAGAGACAGGGAAAGAGAAUAACCCCAUUAGCCAGCAAGACACUGCUCAGUGGAUACGAACCCAUCUGUCACAGAGUCCCAAAGUACAGUACAAAGUACAGUGCAUCCAGCACUAUUGCCAUUUGCCAGUGGCUCACGGAACCAUGUACAGUAACGUAGAUAGGUUAACUGUUGAAUCCCACCCAGGAUUGUGCCAACUGCCAGAAACUGGGCACCGAUCACUACCGCCAUCCCCUCGUCAGCGGCAUACGGCGCACAACAACCCACCAAGAACUCCUAACAUAGUCACCACCAUGACCCCUCCUGGAACACCUCCUAUAAGACGAAGAAAUAAGCUUAAACCACCAGGCACCCCUCCACCUUCAUCCCGUAAACUCAUUCACCUCCUUCCUGGAUUUACCUCGCUGCAUCGAAGCAAGUCUCAUGAAUUCCAAGUGGGUCAUCGUGUGGAUGAAUCUCACACUCCCAAAACAAAGAAAAAGAACAAGCCUCUCAACCUCAAGAUUCACAACAGCGUGGGCAGCUGCGAAAAUAUCCCAUCACAGCGCUCUCCCCUCCUUUCUGAACGUUCCUUGCGCUCGUUCUUUGUGGGUUACCCGUCUUUCCUCCCUUCAACUCCUCCUGUUCAUACUGAACCCUCCUCUGCAAGGGGAAAAACGGAAGAUCCCAUGACUGCACAGUGGUGCAUCUUCGGGAUCAAAAACAUUGACACACUAUCAGUGCCUCGCUGGUCCCCUCAGAUUCCACGCAGAGAUCUGGGAAACUCCAUCAAGCACAGGUUCUCCACCAAGUACUGGAUGUCUCAGACUUGCACUGUUUGUGGAAAGGGGAUGCUGUUUGGACUGAAAUGUAAAAACUGCAAGCUAAAGUGCCACAAUAAAUGCACCAAAGAGGCCCCUCCGUGCCAUUUACUUAUCAUACACAGAGGAGCACGAUUGGUCCGAACAGAAUCUGUACCAUGUGACAUCAAUAAUCCUUUGCGAAAACCACCCCGUUAUUCCGACCUCCAUGUAAGCCAGACCCUGCCUAAAACAAACAAAAUUAACAAGGACCAUAUUCCAGUGCCCUACCAGCCAGAUUCCAGCAGCAACCCUUCCUCUACGACAUCCUCCACACCGUCUUCACCUGCUCCCCCACUUCCGCCCAGCGCCACCCCACCCUCUCCUCUCCACCCAUCCCCUCAGUGCACUCGCCAACAGAAGCCGUUCAACUUACCAGGGUCCAACAGCACUAACCAUCCAUGUACCUCAAACCUUUUACAAGGUUCUCAUUAUUACAAAUACAAGCAGCAGUUCAUAUUUCCAGAUGUUGUGCCUGAAAUACCUACUCGAGCUCCUCAAGUAAUCCUUCAUCCAGUAAACUCCAAUCCUGUAAAUGAAGGGCAUCCAGUACUUCAAAUUGAAGUAGAACCAACCUCUGAGAAUGAUGAACGUGCAGAGGAAUCUGAGGAUGACUUUGAGGAAAUGAAUCACUUGCUGCUUUCAGCCAGGAACUUUCCCCGCAAGGCCAGUCAGACCAGCAUUUUCUUACAAGAGUGGGACAUCCCAUAUGAGCAGCUAGAGAUUGGGGAAAUGAUUGGCAAAGGACGAUUUGGUUUGGUGUAUCAUGGACGUUGGCACGGGGAAGUGGCAAUCAGGCUCAUUGACAUUGAGAGGGACAAUGAAGAUCAGUUGAAGGCCUUUAAACGGGAGGUCAUGGCCUACCGACAGACACGGCAUGAAAACGUAGUCUUAUUUAUGGGAGCUUGUAUGAACCCUCCACACCUAGCAAUUAUCACCAGCCUUUGCAAGGGGAGAACGUUGUACUCUGUAGUUCGAGAUGUAAAAACAGUCCUAGAUGUCAACAAAACCCGCCAGAUAGCACAAGAGAUUGUGAAGGGGAUGGGCUAUCUGCAUGCCAAAGGGAUCCUGCAUAAAGACCUUAAGUCAAAAAAUGUUUUCUACGACAAUGGGAAAGUUGUAAUCACGGACUUUGGUCUCUUCAGCAUAUCUGGUGUGCUACAGGCGGGCAGACGAGAGAACAAGCUGAGGAUUCCUAAUGGUUGGCUUUGCCAUUUGGCUCCAGAAAUCAUACGCCAAUUAUCUCCUGACACUGAGGAAGAUAAACUUCCAUUCUCAAAGCAUUCUGAUGUAUUUGCACUUGGAACUAUAUGGUAUGAGCUGCAUGCUCGAGAGUGGCCAUUCAAGAUUCAGCCAGCUGAGGCUAUCAUAUGGCAAGUGGGCACGGGAAUGAAGCCAAAUCUUGGCCAAAUUGGCAUGGGGAAGGAAAUAUCUGAUAUUUUGCUUUUCUGCUGGGCUUAUGAGCAAGAAGAACGGCCAACUUUCACCAAACUUAUGGAGAUGCUGGAAAAACUGCCAAAGCGCAAUAGACGCCUCUCUCAUCCAGGACACUUCUGGAAGUCAGCCGAGCUGUGACAAAAAUAUCUGCUGAGGUGCCUUGGCAUCCCAAAAUCCCCUAUUCUACAUCUGCCUUCUCCCUCUCCCCAAACACUACGCUUCUCUUACUCACACUAUGGGAAAUCUGAGGGUGGAAGAUGACAAAGGGAGCAAAGAUCAGGAGCCGAUGGAGCCACACGUUGUUAACUGAGAGAAAGACGUGUGUCGCACACUCCAUGUCAACUGAUAGGUGGAAUGGAACCCUAUAAAUGAGGAGUUCAGAUCUCUUCAAAGACUUGAGUGCUAGAAGAAGAGUGGAAUGUCUUCUUCUGGCUAGAGCUAAUGAAAUUUAAGAGUAAUGGCUACUAUUUGCGCUGUAUUGCUUCGUAAAAGCCAGUUUUUGCACAUACCUCUAAACUGACCAUGAUUAUGCACCUCUGUCAAGUUAGGAAUAGCUUCAGAACAGUGCAACACCAAGAGUUCUGUGGCAUUCUCUACCAGUAAAAGGUGUAAGGGAUGUCUCUUAAUUUUAACUUUGAUAAAUAGUGUGUGGUUGUUCUCCACAGUUUGUGGAAAACAAUUGAUAGAGAUUCCAAAACACCAAUUUAUUUUUGUUAGGAUGUGUUUGAUGAAAGAAACUGGCAUGGAAUUUUGAAAAUCCACCACAGUUUCACGCAUUGUCUGAUUGAUGUGAGAUUGUCUGUUAGUGAUCUGUGAGUUGGUUCCAAGCGGCCUUGAGUUCCUGUCAUCAGUAGUUAUUUGUGUAUAUGUGUUAGGGUCAAUGGUUUAGCUACUGGAAUCAUGUUAGGUUCCUCCAACAGUACUGAAAAAUAAUAAUGAGAAAUAGGAUAAUGUUUUUUUUCUGUAAUAAUUCUUUACAUGCCAGAUAAGUGAGCAAGCCAAUACCACCAUGGCACUUAAACUGUCAAUACUGCCUUAAUAUGAAUAUUUUUAUAUGAAACAGCACACUGAGAGGAGAUCAAAUAUGGAUGCAAGGAUUUGUCUGUUAGGCAUUUCAUUCCAAAAUACAUAAAACUAAUGCUGUAUUCUAUUUUGCUUCUUGAUUUGUUAAAGCCAGACC